CUCCGAAGCCACGUUUGUAGUUCUCAGGCCAGUGGGUCUCUGAGGCGAUGUAUCUUGGACCGUUGGGACUUCCGUGACCAGCAAGAGCUCCGAAGUGAGAAACGAAGGGAUAAAGAGAUUAAACCAGAAGAAAAUUAUGUGGUGACCAUUUCUGAGCCCAGCUCUUCCAUAUGGAAUGCAGUGUAUGCAGUGUCCCAUGCCCUCCAUAAAACCCUGAUUGAAAUGCGACCUAAAGAAGACAGAAACAUGGACUGGCUUCUUCCAUGCCAGAGUACAUUGACCUACAAUGAUGUGCAUGUGAACUUCACUCGAGAAGGGUGGGCUUUGCUGGAUCCUUCCCAAAGGAGUCUCUACAAAGAUGUGAUGCUGGAGACGUACAGGAACCUCACUGCUAUAGGUUAUAAUUGGGAAGGUCAUAAUGUUGAAGAGCAUUGUCAAAGUUCUAGAAGACAUUCAAGGUAUGAAAACAGUCAUAGUGGACACAAACCCCCUGAAGAUACUCAAUAUGAUGAAGUCUUUACACAUCACAGGAAUGCCCACACAUAUGAAAGUAUGCAUACUGGUGAGGAUUGCUAUGAAUCAAAACAAUAUGGUAACGCUUUUGCAAAUAACAGUUAUCUCCUAAGACAUAAAAGGUCACAUAUAGAGGAGAAACCCCAUAAAUGUAACCAGUGUGGUAAAGCCUUUGCACACAACAGUCAUCUCCUAAGACAUAAAAGAACUCACACGGGAGAGAAAUCGCAUGAAUGUGACCAAUGUGGUAAAGCCUUUGCACAGAGGAGUACUCUCCUAUCACAUGACAGAACUCACACUGGAGAAAAACCCUAUGAAUGUAACCAGUGUGGUAAAGCCUUUGCAUACAAGAAUGUUUUCAUAAUUCAUAAAAGAACUCACACUGGAGAGAAACCUUAUAAAUGUAACCAGUGUUGUAAAGCCUUUGCAAAUAACAGUCAUCUCUUAAGACAUAAAAGAUCUCACACUAGAGAGAAACCUUAUGAAUGUAACCAGUGUGGUAAAGCCUUUGCAGAUAACAGUGUUCUUCUAAUACAUAAAAGAACUCACACGGGAGAGAAACCUUAUGAAUGUAACCAGUGCGAUAAAGCCUUUGCACACAACAGUUAUCUCCUAAGACAUAAAAGAACUCACACUGGAGAGAAACCUUAUGAAUGUAACCAGUGUGAUAAAGCCUUUGCACGGAGGAGUGCUCUCCUAUUACAUAACAGAACUCACACUGGAGAAAAACCCCAUGAAUGUAACCAGUGUGGUAAAGCCUGUGCACAUAGUAGUGAUCUCUUAAUACAUAAAAGAAGUCACACUGGAGAGAAACCUUAUGAAUGUAAACAAUGUGGAAAAGCCUUUGCAUGUAAUAGUAAUCUUCAAAAACACAAAAGAACUCACACGGGAGAGAAAUCUUAUGAAUGCAAUGAAUGUGGUAAAGCGUUUUCAACUAACGGUAAUCUCCAUCUACAUAAAAGAACUCACAUGGGAGAGAAACCGCAUGAAUGUGACCAAUGUGGUAAAGCCUUUGCACAGAGGAGUACUCUCCUAUCACAUAACAGAACUCACACUGGAGAAAAACCCUAUGAAUGUAACCAGUGUGGUAAAACCUUUGCAUACAAGAAUGUUUUCAUAAUUCAUAAAAGAACUCACACUGGAGAGAAACCUUAUAAAUGUAACCAGUGUUGUAAAGCCUUUGCAAAUAACAGUCAUCUCUUAAGACAUAAAAGAUCUCACACUAGAGAGAAACCUUAUGAAUGUAACCAGUGUGGUAAAGCCUUUGCAGAUAACAGUGUUCUUCUAAUACAUAAAAGAACUCACACUGGAGAGAAACCUUAUGAAUGUAACCAGUGUGGUAAAGCCUUUGCACAGAGGAGUGCUCUCCUAUUACAUAACAGAACUCACACUGGAGAAAAACCCUAUGAAUGUAACCAAUGUGGUAAAGCCUUUGCAGCUACCAGUAAUCUCCUAUUACAUAAAAGAACUCACACUAGAGAGAAACCUUAUGAAUGUAACCAAUGUGGUAAAGGCUUUGCAGGUAAGAGUCAUCUCUUAGUACAUAAAAGAACUCAUACUGGAGAGAAAACUUAUGAACAUAAAUGAUGUGGUAAAGCCUUUGCACGUAACAGUGAUCUCCUAAUACUUAAAGGAACCCACACUGGAAAGAAACCUUUUGAACGUAACCAACGUGGUAAAGCCUUUGCACUGAACAGUCAUCUGGUAGUCCAUAAAAGAACACAUAUUGGAGAGAAAUUUUUUGAAUUACAUAACGUGAUAAUGUGUAUGCAUUUCAGAGUAAUUUAUGAAAACAUAACUUACCCUGGAGAAAAAAAAACACUUUAUUAAUGUAAUCAGUGUGGCAUCUCCUUUGUACAACAUAGUCAUCUCUUAAGUAUAAAAAAUGCAUGUUGCAGGAAAUCUCUAUGAAUAUAACCAAUAUCAUAAAGGCUUUUCAUGUAAGAGUCAUCUUGAACAAGAACACCUCAUGCAGUGAAACCCUAUUAAUGUAACUAAUGUGUCAAGCCUUUAAAUGCCAUAAUAAUAUUCAUGUACAUUGGAGAGUAAACACUGGAGAGAAACCAAUGUGAUAAAGCCUUUCGAUGUAAUAUUAAUGUCCUAUAAGAUAAAGAACACAUACUGGGAAGAAGCCUUACAAAUGUAACCAAUGUGGUAAAACUUGCUCUUCAAAAUCAUCUUGAAAUUCAUGAAAGAAUUCAUAUUGGACAGAAAGACUAUGAGUGCAUUUAACAUGGUGAAGCUAUUCCACAUUUGUAUACUCUUCAUCAUGAAAGAAUUCCUACUCGAGAGAAACAUUAUAAAUGUGUUAAAAUAUGAGGGUUUUGUACAUAUCUACAUUCUUCAUUAUCAUAAGUUUAUACUGGAGAGAAAUUCUCAAAAUAUAAGAAAUAUGGUAAGGCCUUUGUAUACUUUGGUCUGCUGAAUCCAAAAUAACUCAAACACUAGCUCAAUGCAAAUAACAAAAAUUUAUUGUCACCAGUAACUACUUAAUGAUUAGUAACAUAACACUCUUGGGAACUGAUCUGUGAUACAUACCCACCCAGUGAACCAGAAAGUUAUAGAGGUUCUGAGCUUGAAAAUCAUAAUAUCUGUGCUGUUUUACAACUAAUUUUUUAAUCAGUCAUGAUUUAGGGAUAUUGGAUUUGUUUAUGUCAUUGAAGGUGUCACCUGAUGUAAAAUGUCACUCUAAAAUUUAGUGGAGGCUGGUACCUAAAAAGCAAUAAAUAGGAAUUAAUUUUUUUACCAUGUUCCAACAUGCAAAUUAAUUUUGCAUGUUUUGCAUGUCAAAGUCAACUUGAAAGUCAAAGUCUAUAAAGGGAUAGUAGAGAGAAACCUUACACAUGUAAGCAAUGUGAUAAAACCUUUUCUUAAUGCAGUUAUCUCCACAUACAUAGAAGAACACAUACUGCACUAAGACCCUCUGGAUAAGCAAUGUGGUAAAUCCUUUUCAUGGAGUUGUCUUUGAAAUCAGAAGAAAAAGUCAUGCUCUAGAGAAACCUUAUGAACGUAGUCAGUAUGGUACACUUUUGCACUUCAUUGUACCAUUAUAGAAGAGUAAAAGUUUUGGUGUGUGAGCAACCUCUUAAGGCCUUUGCAUAUCACAGUAGUCUUUGAGAACCUGAAAGAACUCAUUCUCAAGAAAAUCUGUUAGGAUAAAAGAUUUGUGAAGGUCUUUGAUCAACUAACUUGCAUUCAAUUACAGGAGAUUAUUUUUGGGAGGAAAAUUCUAACAAGUGUCAACAAUGUAUUCAUGCAUUAUGACAUUCCAUCCUUCUUUUGUUUCCAAUUAAAAGUCAAUAUGGAAAAAAGGCCUAGGAAUUCAAACCGUAAGGUAACCUUCUUAGAUUUCUCAAUUCUCUUCAAUUACUUGAAAUAAAUCACCCAGUUAUAAAAUUUA